AGAAAAUGAAAUUGAAGAACUAUGAUGAUGAUAUACGAUUCAAAGUGAGACAACGAUAUGCUACGAUUUCUGAUUGGAUGUCGAAAACUAUCGAUUCUGAAAAGGUACCUGAAGUGAAACCUAGAUCUUAAUAUAGUGCAGCAAUUAAAAUUCAAACGCCUGCAAUGAUUUCACUCCAGUAUCCUUUUCAAUUCUAAAACUAGGGCUAAAAGUGUAGAUACAGUUCAGGAUCGUAAACCUCGAUUUUCUUUGUCUCAACAACCAACCACUGUGCAAUCAUCUAAAAUUUACAGAAAAUUUAUAGAUCCAAAACACAUCACGAGAUCUAUCGAUUACUCAGAAUUAGGGGACUCCUAAGUUAAAACUAGAAAGAAGAACCCUUAUUAAAAUUAGAGACUUAAUAGAUAAUUUUAGGCUAUUUAUAACAAGAUGAAACUCAUUUUGGAUUCGUAUAACAACAGAGAAAAAGUCCUUCUGUAAUAUAUUGCUAAAUUACAACGAGAAAUCGUAACAUUAAAAUCAGGGCAUAAUCAUCAAACUAUUUGA